AUGGCAAGCACUCAGAUAUCAGAGCUCUUGCGGUUUCUCUCGAAAGAUGCAAAGGUUCCGCUAGCUAUGGCCAUGGCCAAGACGCCGGAAUUACAAAAGGCUAACCUGACGAAUGCGGAGCAAAUAUCAAAAACGGAGAUUCAAAGUCUCGAAGACAUCUUCAAGGAUAAAAAAGUCGCAAAACAAGUACUAAACGCUUCAAAGCGAGCAUGCAAGAAACGCGCUGCUUCGCCGAAUACUACACCAUCUUCUCCGAAAAGACCGAAAAGCAUCGAUAUAAGGACAGAGACUAAGCCGUUUGAAAUUGAAUACUCGCUCCGUCUGCUCAUGCCACCAGCUGAUGAGAACAAGCUGCAGCAGAUCAAAGUGGUAACCAACCGAGCCCCACUUGUCCUUGCCUUUGCAGUAGGUGUCUUGAAAUACACCAUGCCUGAGCAGCCAAUCUCGAGUAGGCUAAGUCUCGCGCAAGCGGUAGUGAGUGCGAAUAGUCGCGCAAAAGCUGUUAGCUUGGGCAUCGAAAAUGGGCAAUCAGCCGAAGAAGAAGGAUGGGGGGAAGGCCAUCCUGUCCUCAAAGUUCUCGGGAGAGAGAUUCGAGUCCUGAAACGGUGGGACUACGAUCCAUGGCACGACAAGCCAUCAAAUAUAUCAGGGGCGAAAAAAGAAGUCCCUUCUACAAUCGAUUUCGAGGACUUCCUUGGCAGAGCGAAUGUGGGGAGCACGGAAACGAUGCCCCCACUUUGGGGCGUUGAUCUUGAAGCCCUGCGUGGAUCACGCGGCAACUCUAGUACAGAAGCACCAAGAACCAACUCUACAUUACCAAUUUUCAGACCAGAAUCGGCACGGUCAUAUCUGCUUAAGGCUGUUACAAAAUCCCCAGAGAGUGGCUCGUCUUCGAAGCCGAAACGGGGAGCUGCCCUCCAGCAAGAAAGCGAAGAACAUGUCGGAUAUCUCCUGCGUGCCAUUGACAUGGUAUGUAGCUCGUGGGCUUCGGACUCAGAUAAAGAAGAACUUGAUCGACGUGCCUGGGCUUGUUAUCUGCGAGUGAGGCCCGACGUUCAAAGCGGAACCCGUGGUUGGGGUGAGAAAGGGCAAGUAUGCUUGUCUGAUAUUUUGAAACUCCGAAAAGGCCAAUAA